AUGAGCAGGUUAAAUUCGGCAUACAAGGAAUGGGGCCUUACUAUGAACAUUGAUAAAACGGAAUACCUAGUGACCAAUUCAGAUGAUAAAUUUGACAUUUUUAUUACUGACAAUGCAAAGCUCAGACAGGUUGAAUCGUUUAAAUAUUUGGGGGCACGUAUAACCAGAAAGGGACUGGACAAAACAGAAGUAUCUGCUAGAAUAGAGCAAGGGUGGAAGAUUAUAGGAGCACUGAAUGGCAUCUGGUGGGACAAAAACAUAAGACCAAACAGAAAAGUACAUAUUGGAAGAGCCCUAGUGGAGUCGGUAGUAACUUAUGGGUGUAAGAGUUUGGACCUUAAAAGCUGA